UGAGUUUUGCAUUUAACGAGCAACCACGUCUAAAUUUGCUGCGUUUAUAAAAUUUGACGAUUUGUCAGUCAAAUAAACGAUAGAGGCAUGCCUCUUAUUCGUCCCAGGCAUGUGUUAUCCUUCAGCAGCGAAGAUGUGACACAACCAGCACAAAACCUACUUAAAUCAGAAACGUAUAGGAAAUGGAGGUGUGCAUCUCCAGGAGAGAAACAAGCUUCUGUUAUUUUGGAGCUUGAGAAAGCAACGCAGAUACAUUCCAUCGACAUAGGUAACAAUGGUUCAGCACUUGUGGAAGUGUUAGUUGGAAGAUCUUCUUGGAGCUCUGAUGAACAAUUUCAGGUUCUUCUUGUUGCAUCGUCCUUUAUGAGCCCAGCUGAAAGUAAAUCCUUUACCAGCACCAAUAGAGUGAGGAUGUUUGGUGUUGAUAAGCUCUCCAAACCAGUAGCAACUCAGAAGUGGGACAGGGUCAAGUUGGUUUGCACCCAACCAUUUAACAAGAAUGAACGUUAUGGUCUGUCCUUCAUAAACCUCCAUUCUCCUCCUGAUGACAUGGACGAUGACUCUCAAGCCACAAAGGAAGCAAUGCCUCAUACUCCAGUGACAGCUUCAAAGAGACUUGGACGUUUUACAUUAAAAGGUGAUAGUGACACUGAAGAGAAAAAAAUUUCUUCUGGAAAACUCUUUUUCAAAAAAUUUCAAAAGAAAACCUCUCCGCCAUCCAUGUCCACUGCAGCUGAAGUUCGAGCAGCAGCAUCAACAGUCAUUUCUUCAGUCGACAAAAGAACAAUUGCUGCCAGCACUGCUCAGAAUCACAGGCACCCAUCAACAAAGGAUGGACAGUCAGGGGAUAGAGAGACACACUCAGUAGCCUCGGACAGACAACCAGUGGCCAGAGACAGAGCAGACAAAAUUGGUGGUAGAUCUUCCCCAAAACCGGGCGAGAGGUAUUCUCAUAGGAAAACAAGUGAGAGCACCAAACGGAAGCAUGAAGAUUCACCAAAAGGGAAAAAUGAUAAUAAACCAGCACCACCAUCCAAGAAAAAAAGAGACUCUCCUAUACGUGACGAAAGUUCUGUUCCUUUUGGUGAAAUUAUGAAAGGCGUAGUGUUUGUUAUGAGUGGAUUUGUGAACCCUGAGCGAGGUAAUCUUCGCGAAAAGGCAUUGCAGAUGGGAGCGCAGUACAGACAGGACUGGGGAAAAGGAUGCACUCAUCUGAUUUGUGCCUUCGCCAACACUCCAAAGUUCAAUCAAGUGAAAGGGAAAGGAAAGAUCGUCACAAAAAAGUGGAUAACUGACUGUUUUAAAAAAAGCAGAUGCUUGCCCACUCGACAUUACCACUUACCAGGCGACAGUAGUUCAUCUGAUGAGAGCAGUGAAGGGGAGGAUGCCAAGCCAGCACGGCCGCCUCCUAAAACAGGAAGUGACCGAAAUGAGCGGAAUUACAAGAAGGCCCCAGCAAGUGAUGCGAAUUCAAAGAAAGACGACACUCCCGAAGAGAGCGACAAAACUCUAGUGGCAAGAAGAAGCGAAGUCUCGGGUCCAAAUGAAAAGAAAGAUGCAGCCGGAAAAUUAGAGGAGGAAGAUGACAUUUAUGGUGGUUCAACUGACGACGAAUCACCUCAACCGGAAAAGAGUGGUAAAAAUGAAACUGCUCCAUCUCCUUUGAGCCCAAAAGAGACUUCAUCCAGUGAUCAUGAUACAGAGGAUGAAUUAAGAAGAAUCCAAAAAGAAACUGGUGAAGGCGAAGAUAUAUAUGGCGGUACGACUGAUGACGAAAAAGGAAAGGCGGAGUCUGCUGACGAAGUCAUUUCAAGCUCAGAGGACCUUCCCCUGUUACCUGAUUUUUUCUCUCAUAAGCAUUUCAUGCUGUAUGGUGAAAUUGAUGGCAAGACCAGAAGACUGUUGAUAAGAUACAUCACUGCUUAUAAUGGAACUAUAGAAGAUUAUAUGAAUGAUAAUGUCGACUUUGUCAUAACCAAUGAGGAUUGGGACAAAAACUUUGAUGAGGCCCUCGAUGAAAACCCUUCCCUGGCCUUUGUGCGACCCAGGUGGAUCAUUGUCUGUCACGAAAAGGGCGCCUUUGUUCCAUUUCAGCCAUACAUCAUAGUUCCUUCAUGAUGAAGGCCACGUGAAGUUCACGUGAUCAGCUCGAGAUCGUCGUCAGGGUAAACAAUUACGACCCUGGUUUUCGGAUACAAGCUACAUAUAUUUGAUAGAACGAAGAUUACUCAAAAACUAGGCGAGAAACGUCGAGAAAAUAUCGGUGUUCUAUCGUUUCAAUGACGAUAUUGGUGGUGCUCCAAAUAUUAGGAAUCUAAAUUUUAUAUACGAAUAAUUUAAUAUCCUUCCGAGUAAAUUCUGUGAACUCAAAAGACAUGUCAGGAAUUCACAAAGCAUUAGUGAUUGAUAGGCUGCCAAGCAGUAAUCACACAAUAACCACCGCACUUCACAUAUGUGCAAAGUCCAGACUGGCGUGUGACAUAAGGCUUACUCCUUCAGCAUCCACUAUCUACCUGAUUAAGGGUAGACUAGGAUAUUGU